UCAAAGACAGCGACGUCAAAAAUCACAAGUUUUUCUGGUAAAAGAUUUCGAUAAAAUCUGAGAGGCACCACCAUGUUGGUCAUCCAUAGGAUGGCGACCACCACACCCAUAACUUUCUCUCUGUUCUCCACCUCUCUUCGCCUCCUAACUAAGCUCUCUACCUCUCCUUCUCUUACUUCUUCUCUCAAAAAUGGCUUCUCAUUUUCCACCAAAAUUUCUCCCACAAAAAUCACCUCUUUUUCUUUACAAAGUAGGCGUAAUAAUGGGUUCUGCACUUCUGCUAUUACUUCUCCUGAAUCUAUAGAAACUUUAGUAGAUGAAGAUGAGAAAAGUUUGGAGGAGGGAAGUUUUUCUGAGGUUAGAGUUAAGCUUCCCACUAAUGAAUCUUCUGAAAAGCUUUUGAGGGUUCGUCAUACGUGUGCACAUGUGAUGGCCAUGGCUGUUCAGAAGCUGUACCCGGAUGCCAAAGUGACAAUUGGGCCAUGGAUCGAUAAUGGAUUUUAUUAUGAUUUCGAUAUGGAUCCUAUAACUGAUAAAGACCUGAAGAGAAUUAAGAAGGAAAUGGACCGCAUUAUUGGUCGAAACUUACCGCUAGUGAGAGAAGAAGUUUCCCGGGAUGAAGCCCAAAAGAGAAUAAUGGCUCAGAAUGAACCUUACAAGUUGGAGAUUUUGGACAGCAUUAAAGAAGAACCCAUUACAGUAUAUCAUAUUGGGGAUGAAUGGUGGGACCUUUGUGCUGGGCCACAUGUUGAAUCUACUGGAACUAUUAAUAGGAGAGCCAUUGAACUUGAAUCUGUUGCUGGUGCUUACUGGAGAGGAGAUGUAAAGAGGCCAAUGCUACAAAGGAUUUAUGGCACAGCAUGGGAAAAUGAAGAGCAGCUGAAAGCUUACCUGCAUUUCAAAGCAGAAGCUCUACGGCGAGACCACAGGCGUCUUGGCCAAGAUCUUGACCUCUUUUCCAUACAGGAAGAUGCUGGAGGAGGCUUGGUUUUCUGGCAUCCAAAAGGCGCCAUUGUGAGGCACAUCAUUGAAGAUACAUGGAAAAAAUUGCACAUUGAACGUGGAUACAGUAUGCUGUACACUCCCCAUGUUGCGAAGGGAGAUCUAUGGAAGAUAAGUGGUCACCUCGAUUUCUACAAAGAGAAUAUGUAUGACCAAAUGAAUAUCGAGGAUGAGCUUUAUCAACUACGACCAAUGAACUGCCCUUACCACAUUUUGAUUUACAAAAGGAAAAUGCACUCUUAUCGAGAUUUUCCAAUUAGAGUGGCGGAGCUGGGAACAGUUUAUAGAUACGAGUUAUCUGGAAGCUUGCAUGGCCUUUUCCGUGUAAGAGGUUUCACUCAGGAUGAUGCGCACAUAUUUUGUUUAGAGCAUCAAAUUAAAGAUGAAAUAAGGGGGGUUCUCGAUCUUACAGAGCAAAUACUGCUUCAGUUUGGUUUUCAUCAAUAUGAGGUGAAUCUAUCUACAAGGCCAGAAAAAGCUGUUGGAGGUGAUGAUAUAUGGGAAAAGGCUACAUCUGCUCUGAAAGACGCUUUAGAUGAUAAAGGCUGGAGCUAUGAAAUUGAUGAAGGUGGGGGUGCCUUCUAUGGCCCGAAAAUUGAUCUUAAAAUUGAAGAUGCACUUGGAAGAAAAUGGCAGUGCUCAACAAUCCAGGUUGAUUUCAAUUUGCCAGAAAGAUUUGACAUUACUUAUGUUGACUCCAAUUCAGAGAAGAAAAGGCCUAUCAUGAUCCACAGAGCAAUACUUGGAUCCUUGGAGAGAUUCUUUGGAGUUCUUAUAGAGCAUUAUGCUGGGGAUUUCCCAUUAUGGCUAUCUCCUGUACAAGCUCGGCUCCUGCCUGUGACUGACUCACAGCUUGAAUACUGUAAUGAGGUCGCCAACAUGCUCAAGGCAGAUGGUAUACGUGCUGAAGUUUGUCAUGGUGAGCGCCUGCCUAAGCUCAUCAGAACCGCAGAGAAGCAGAGAGUCCCGUUAAUGGCAGUUGUGGGUCCUAAAGAGGUGGAGGCGCAAUCCGUCACUGUUAGAUCCAGAUUUGGUGGGGAACUGGGCUUCAUGUCAGUUGAUGACUUUACUUGCAGAAUUAAGAAGGCCAUUGAGAACAGAAGCUCGUUCUGACAUCUCUGCUGGAGCUUUCAGAAGAUCAAGGAUUAUUCUAAACUUUUUCAUUUCAAACACACAUAAAAUUUCCCACAGAUAUUAGUAUACUGGAUGAAGGUGUCUUGGGACUGGGUUUGACGCCUUGAAGAUUUAUUUGCUGACGUUCUACACAACGUAAUUUUCCUCUGUACUCGUAUUUCACUAUCGUAUUAACUCAUUUUUCGACAUUAAUCAUAAUAUAUUAAAUUAUCAAAAGAUAGAUUUAAUAAUUGCCAGUCUUUGUUUUCUUAGUGUUUCUAUAGACAGUGGCAACGCUAUGAACUCCAAUUUGGUAUUGUCCUUUGUUUCGGUUUUAUUGCAUAGCUGUGUUUGUUGUGA